GCGCUCGGCCUCUGGGAGGCCCUGGCGGCCAGCAGGCAGGAUGGUGCCUGGCCCCUGUCCCCCGGCGCCUGUCUGCUGAUGCCCGUCCGUGGCCUGCCAUGCCGCCGACCGUCACGGCCUUCCAGGCCGCCUACAUCGGCAUCGAGGUGCUCAUCGCCCUGGUCUCCGUGCCUGGAAACGUGCUGGUGAUCUGGGCCGUGAAGGUGAACCCGGCUCUGCGGGACGCCACCUUCUGCUUCAUUGUGUCGCUGGCAGUGGCCGAUGUGGCCGUGGGCGCCCUCGUCAUCCCGCUCGCCAUCCUCAUCAACAUCGGGCCCCAGACCUACUUCCACACCUGCCUCAUGGUGGCCUGCCCCGUCCUCAUCCUCACCCAGAGCUCCAUCCUGGCCCUGCUGGCCAUCGCCGUGGACCGCUACCUCCGUGUCAAGAUCCCGCUCCGGUACAAGACGGUGGUGACUCCCCGGAGGGCCGCGGCGGCCAUCGCGGGCUGCUGGGCCCUGUCCUUCGUGGUGGGCCUCACGCCCAUGUUCGGCUGGAACAACCUGCGUGAGGUGGAGCGGGCCUGGGCGGCCAACGGCAGCGUGGGCGAGCCCGUGAUCCACUGCGAGUUCGAGAAGGUGAUCAGCAUGGAGUACAUGGUCUACUUCAACUUCUUCGCCUGGGUGCUGCCCCCGCUGCUGCUCAUGGCCCUGGUCUACCUGGAGGUCUUCUACCUCAUCCGCAAGCAGCUCAGCAAGAAGGCGUCGGCCUCCUCGGGCGACCCGCACAAGUACUACGGGAAGGAGCUGGGCAUCGCCAAGUCGCUGGCCCUGGUGCUCCUGCUGUUCGCCCUCAGCUGGCUGCCGCUGCACAUCCUCAACUGCGUCACCCUGUUCUGCCCCGCCUGCCGCAAGCCCAGCACCCUCACCUACGUCGCCAUCUUCCUCACGCACGGCAACUCCGCCAUGAACCCCAUCGUCUACGCCUUCCGCAUCCAGAAGUUCCGGGCCACCUUCCUGAAGAUUUUUAACGACCACUUCCGCUGCCGGCUGGCACCCCCAGCGGAGGAGGGCCCCCCGGAAGAGAGGCCGGACGACUAGACUUCGCUGCCCCCGCCCGCCCUCGUCCAGAGCAUCUCGGGCCGGUCCUCUCCUCCCCCGUCCCACUCGUCUCCGUGAGCCUUUCCCGGCCGGGCCGUGGGGUGUGGGC